AUGAGUACUGAACUUUCGCAGCCGUUUAUCGCACUGCAAUUUUGGCAGGUCAAUUUUUAUUUUCGCAGCGAGCCACCGCGAUUUCUUCGCAAAGUCGCGAAAUUUGAUCGCGAAUUCACUCUCACCAUGCCCAGGACUAAAAAAAGCGUCUCUUUCAACGCGCUAGACGACGAUUCAAACCCCAAAACUCCUCCCCCGUACGUAGAAAAGUACGCGCUCAAGCUGGGAGUUGCCUCGUUUCCGAUACAUGGGCUCCUUGUGCUUUUGGGAAUGUAUUCCGGUGGCCUUACCCAAAACGUAAAACCAGUUUUAUCGAAAGGAUUGGCCACUUUGACGGUUUUGCAGUUGGUGUACGGGUACUUGGUGGCGGUGAACACAGAAUUGGCCAGCUCCAAGAAGAAAAUCAAGUCGGAAAACGUGCCGCUACUUGUUAGUGGAGCCAUGGUAAUCGCGUACGCCGCGACUCUUCCAGUAUUUGUGGUGAUGAUUUUGAUGGGAGCACCAUUAUCUAGUCAUAUUACGGAAACGGCACUCUUUGCGGGUCACUUUUCGGUUUUGGUGUUGUUUCCUAUGUUGGUGUUCUACCGGUUUGAAAGAGAUACCAUUUUUUCGGUGAUAACUGCCGCCAAUGGCACCUCUGUAAUUUUAAAAAAUCCAAUUUUGUUGAGUAUAGUUGGCGCGGUUCUCGGUACCUGGGUGGGUGUGUUUCCCAUUCCGCUAGACUGGGACCGAGACUGGCAGCAGUGGCCCAUCACGUUGCUUACGGGAGCAUAUAUUGGUGCUACAGUGGGGUCGGCUGCUUCGGCGGGUGCAAGAGCUGUAUUGACGUGA